CAUCUAGCUGGGAAGUGGCUGGAUUAGCAGGUUGAUCGCAGUACUUGAGUGUAUUGAGUAGUUACAUCAAAACCUAUAUAAGGACCGGCGAUGCGCCCUCUUCCUUCCUAUCAUCAACAUCCACAUUCAUUCAAUCACAUUCAUUUGUAACCCACAUUCAUUUAUAAAUCACACUCAUUUAUCAAUAACACUCAUUCAAAAUGCUUUUCACCAACACCAAAUUUCUUUCUGUCCUCGCCGCUGCUACAGCAGUCAAAGGUGCUCCAAUCGAGGGCAGCACCAUCGAGGCUCGCGGUGUAGUUGCCCACGAUUCUAUCAACCCAUGGCCAGAGAAUGUGCCAGGCGGUGCCCUCGGUAACACCUUGAGGAGAUUUGAGCCUUAUAUCCACAUUGCUCAUGGAUGCCAACCAUACAGCGCGGUUGACGGCAACGGUAACACUAGGUACGACUACUCCUCUUUAAUUCAAAUCACAGUCUAUUAACACAUUUCAUAGUGGCGGACUUCAAGACACCGGAAAUGUCGCUGCUGGCUGCAGUGACCCAAACAAGGGUCAAACCUAUGUUCGAGGUGGCUGGUCUGGUGGCAAAUAUGGUAUCAUGUACGCGUGGUGUAAGUGCUCCUAAUGCUCCAUAAGUCUUUUCUCCUUUUCUCUAACACAUUUCUACAGAUUUCCCCAAGGAUCAGCCAGCCGCUGGAAAUGUUGUCGGAGGCCAUCGCCACGACUGGGAGUACAGCGUCAUCUGGGUCAACAACCCAGAAGUCGCGAACCCCCAAUUGCUUGGUGGAGUCACCUCCAGCCACAACGGCGUCAAGAAGACAACCUCCGUACCAACACAGGGUACCAGACCCAAAGUCGAGUACUUUGUCCAAUUCCCGACCAACCACGAGAUGCAAUUCACAAACACUUUGGGAAGAGAUUUACCAAUGAUGUGGUACGACUUUUUGCCCACAGUGAGCAAGAACGCCUUGGACACCACAGACUUCGUUAAAGCUAACUGCCCAUUCAACCACGACAACUUCGAAAAGAAGCUCGCAGCGGCACAAAUCUAAGUUGCUGCCGUUUCAACAAGGGCUUUUUGGAGUCGGGGUACUGGCCAGACCUGAAACCACAAAGCCGCUAUGUCAACGCGUUUUUGAGAUAUUUCCUUGUGUUCUGUAGGAUUGGAAAUUGAAAUUUGUAUGUAGAAUGUUUAGGCGAAUGAGUAGUUAGUACUUCGUUU